GCCAGACUAUCCUAUCAUUUCACGCCCAUGUUUUUUUAUCCCCCACCCCAGCAGCUGUACCAUCCUUCAGCCAGUGCGUUCUUCAGACAUAAAGAUAAUUACGCUACCUUACUUCUUUCUGACACUCUCACUUAUCCUCACCUCCAAUCUUCCUCGUCGAGCUUGAGUGCCUUUUCCAGCCUGUUGGUUCAAGCAUAUUGAUUAUGGCUAGAUGUGCGAUUGAAGAGUUGUCUCCAAAGAAGCGACCCCUGUCGUCCGGUGACGAGACAGAUGGAGCCGAUGGAUCAAGCCCGAAUCAGAUCAGCGAAUCCUUCUCAGAAUCCCGGGUCAACUUGCAGCCCGAUCGCGACACCUUGCUACGCGAUCUUGAAAGACUGGCGAAGGUGUUCGACGACGUCAGGGAGAAGCGACCUACAACAUCAACUGGGAUCGAGGAAGAUGAAACCCCCACCCAUGUUGAGCCGACACACCGGAAUACGGAUACCAGUGGAGUUAAGGGCAAGAAGCACGGGAACAAAAGUGCAGCUGAGUCUCGUUCGAAGCAAGCCCCACAACAUUCCAACGUAAGCGAGUAUCAUCGGGAAGCCAGCCUGUCUCAAAGCGGUAGCCAUCUGAACUCGACCAGAGCGGGAUAAUCAAGCCAACAUGACCAAACCUGCCUCAGGGACGAUUCCUCAUGACUGCUGGUUUGGAACAAUGCUCACUUGACUCAUGGUGUAUUAUCAUAACCCACAAAUGAGGUAUGCUCUUCCUUAAGAAAUUGAGAGGCGGAGCAUCCAAUUAUGAAACCUCUAUUUGUACCAGCUGUUGUACGGUAAUACCAGCAGAAUUCUUGGCUUCUGUUUAGUUUGAAUAAUUUGCACACUGUUUUGGGCCUUCUUGAUUGCAGGCGUAGUAUUUAUGUGGUUUGCAAUUGUUACUGUCCUCAGAAACAAACAAAUCAUAAAGAGAGCGAUUUGAAAUGCUUUUCCUUCA